UGGAGACGAGGCGAAGAAAUCUAAGAUGGCGGCAAAAGUGAACGGAGAAUCCUUUUUUGGGAUCGAUUGCUAGUGCUUCCACUUUUUAAAUUACCAUCAUGGCAGCAGCUCGAAAAAUCCUUGUUAGUGGAGAUGUUUGUGGAAAGUUUAACACUCUGUUUGGACGAGUAAAAAAUAUUCUCAAGAAAAACAAGGAUUUUGAGAUGUUGCUUUGUGUUGGAAGUUUCUUUGGAUCAAGUGAAGAAUCUAAAAAAGAAUGGGAAGGUUAUCUUGCAGGAAACAAUUCAGUUCCUAUCCCUACUUUUCUACUUGGACCUACUGAAAUGCAGGAAGUGAGUUACUACUCUUCUGUUUCCUUGGAGAAUGGUGGAGAGUUGUGUGAAAAUGUAACUUAUUUAGGCAGGAAAGGGAUCUUGAAAACAAAGUCAGGUUUACAGAUUGCAUAUUUGAGUGGAUUGGAAAAAUCUGAGGCCCCCGAGGAAGGAUGUCAUUUCACUGUGGAUGAUGUCGGGUCACUAGAGUCUCAGUGCCAAGAUGAAAGCUUCAAAGGAUUAGACAUUCUCAUAUCAUCAUGUUGGCCAAGAGGGGUGUCCAACUUUGCUAAUCAGCCUGAGAGAUUUAACCCUGAAAAGAGUGGCUCAGCACUGGUGUCCAGACUGGCACAACAGUUAAGGCCCAGGUACCAUUUUGCUGGUCAUGAGGGAGUACAUUAUGAGAGACCCCCAUACAGGAAUCACCAAGUGUUGAGGGAAUCUGCACAGCAUGUGACACGAUUUAUUGCCCUUGCUCAAGCUGGUAAUCCAGACAAAAAAAAGUACAUGUACGCGUUCAAUAUAGUGCCCUUAGUGUCCAUGGAUAAAACCGAACUUGUCAAACAGCCAUCAGAUGUUACUGAGUGUCCUUACAACAAAGUUUCAAGUGGCAGCAAUGUGAACACAGCUGGCGAAGAAACAAAUCUACAGUCUCAGGCCAGUGCUACAGGUCAGAACUUCUUUUUUGAUAUGAGUAACACAGGGAAGUCACAGAGACCUGGACAAAAACGACAUAGGGAUCAUGGUAUCACAAAAAUACAUAGCAUCAGCUAUAAAUAACUUAGUGGCGUUUUAGAUUUUCAGGCAUUUCUGCUAAGCCUAGUUUCUGUUGGAUGAGGAGCCGAGAGGUCUUUUAACCCCUCCUU